CGAAAUGAAUCUGUAAAGUAAACAUGAGUGUUUGUGCUGUGUGCAGAGAAAUGAAAUAAGUUUUAAUUUGUGAUAUUUGGAUAUGAGCAGAUUGCGCUCAGCGAUGAUUAAAGGCAAGAGAGUAGGACUGGAGAUGGCAGAAACAACCAAACCAAACCGGAAGAGGUUAAAGACAGCUGUGAAAAAAGAAGAAAACAUAAGUGCCUCCCCACCAUCCAAAUACCACACUUUCCAUGAUCCUGCUGAUGUUGUGCUGCUGCGCUCUCAGCUCCUCAGCUGGUACGACAAGGAGAAGAGAGAGCUGCCGUGGAGGACUCUGGCUGUGACAGAGUCAGACCUCAACAUCAGGACUUAUGCAGUGUGGGUUUCAGAAAUCAUGCUGCAACAGACCCAAGUUGCCACAGUAAUAGACUACUACAACAAAUGGAUGAAGCGAUGGCCCACAGUGCAGGAUCUUGCAGCUGCUACGCUAGAGGAAGUGAACCAGAUGUGGGCGGGCCUUGGCUACUACUCCAGAGGAAAAAGACUGCAUGAAGGAGCUCAAAAGGUGGUGUCGGAGCUACAGGGACAGCUGCCUCGCACAGUUGACGGCCUUCUGAAGCAGCUUCCUGGAGUGGGACGCUACACAGCUGCAGCUAUAGGCUCUAUUGCACUGGGGCAGGUUACCGGAGCAGUGGAUGGCAAUCUGAUUCGGGUGCUGUGUCGCCUGAGGGCCAUAGGAGCUGACAGCACAAGUCCCGCAGUAACGGAGGCACUUUGGAGUUUAGCAAAUACACUAGUGGACCCCGAGAGACCUGGGGACUUUAACCAAGCCAUGAUGGAACUGGGAGCACGAGUCUGCACCCCUAAAGGACCACUGUGCAGCCAGUGUCCCGUACAGUCUCACUGCCACUCGCUCCGCAAGGUCCAAGUCAAACAAGACAAAAACUCCCAGAAGCUCUUGGGGAAGCUGGACAUGAGGGCGUCCAGCCUGCCUGACAUAGAAGACUGCAUGAACAGUGGGACAUGUCCUCUGUGUCCCUCGGAGCCCUGGGACGAUGAGUUGGGUGUUCAGAACUUCCCCAGAAAGCCGGCGAAGAAGGCGCCUCGAGUGGAGCGAACUCUGACCUGUGUGGUGAGCAGAGCUGGAGAGGACGGAGAGGACGAGUACCUGCUCACACAGAGGCCAAACAAAGGUUUGCUGGCAGGCUUGUGGGAGUUUCCGAGUCUUCUGCAGGAGGAGAAGAGCUCUGAGAUAAAACAGAAGAGGGCGCUGUGUGCCCAGAUCAAAGGGAUACUGGGAACCAAUCUGUCAGAAAGCCUCUUCCAGUAUGUGGGCGAGGUGGUUCACAUCUUCUCCCACAUCCACCAGACGUAUGUGGUUCACAGGGUGUGUUUAAAAGACGCGGACACACAAACACAGACUGAAAAUGCACAGUGGCUCAGCAGGUCGGCUCUGCAGGAGGCUGCUGUGUCCACCGGAGUGAAAAAGAUUGUGAAGCUUUGCGACUCUGUAAACAAUCAAAAAGAAGAAAACUCUAAGGAUGGAAGAAGGCAGAAGCACACCAGCACAAAGACUGACAAGAAACCACAGACCUCAAAAAAACCCAGACUGAGCGCAGCUCACAGCAGCAGCAGGCAGCUCUCCCUCAGCUCCUUCUUCAACACAGUUAAACAGGAAUCUUAAUAGAGUUUAUGUGUGUGAAAGUCCUCGAUGGGGCCUCUUCAUGCACAAAAUGUGCUUUAUUGUCAAAGCAGCACACUGAGAUUGCCACAGUUAGGGAUUAUUGAGGUCCCAUGACUGGAAAUGAAACACAAAAUGCAAUCAGAUUAUUUUAACAAGAUCAGUUUUAAAAUUUGUAUAAAUGAUAAUAUAACGUAUAUUGCUCCUGAGAUGUUCCUGUAGGGACUUUUAGUGAAUCAGUAGUGUCGUUUGAUUUGUAGCUCAUUGCAGAUAAUGUUUUUUUAUCACUAUGUUGUGACCAGUGUACAUGUUUUUC